AUGGGUCUUCUCAAACGGGAUUGGUCGUCUGUGAUAUCUAAUUGGCCGCUGGAAGACUGGUCAACUGCGGUUGCACUAUUAGUCAAUUAUGUUUGGGUUUCGGAUAGUGCUUUGUUCCGUCGAUUUUGCGGUGUUUUAAUAAAUCGUCUCCUGGAUCCGUUGUCCGAAUGUUCACUGACCGCUGAAGAACAAGGAGCCGCGGCAUGGGCUUGUUCAGUCAUUUCGACCGACCUGAACGGUAUGGUUCGAGCUUGGUGCCGACUGUGCGAUGUGAAGGGCACCGAACAACGUGGUGAAACCCUCCUGGUACGUAACUAUUCUGUUCUCCUUAUUUCCAAUACCUGUGUGUGCAUGCGGUCGUUGUGGAGGGGAGGGGUUACUAAACCCGAAUCGGUGUGA